ACUUUCCCAGCAGAAGCUCGUCUGACAAGUGACAGCCUUAAAAGAGAAAAACAAGAGAGAGAAGAAAGGAAUCCCAACGAAUGAGAGAGAGAGAGAGAGAGGAGAAGGGAGAGGAUGAUUUGGGUUGUGGGAACAACUGAUACGUGAUCCCGUACGCGCCCUUCCUGCGCUUCUCUCUCUCUCCUCCCCCCCCCUUCUUCACAAGUUGAAUCAUUGGCAGGCAGCAUUGGUUCUGGAUUACAGUCCCUUAGAUAUGUUGGAGAAAAUGAGAAUUUAGUGAAGGAGAAGAAGAAGCAGAAGCAGAUAUUUCUUCACCUUGAAACAGAAAAAAUGUUGAUGCGGGGAGAUCUUGAUCUGAAUUCAAUGCAAGCAUACGCUGGUUCUCUAGACGAUGUUGUGAGGAAGACUAUGCUCAGCCAGGAGAUUAUGUUUAAAAAACAGGUUCAUGAACUCCAUCAUCUAUAUAGGAUACAGAAGACACUGAUGCAGAACCUUGGCAGGAUGGAGUUUGGUAGAUACAAUUAUAGCAUAGCUGGUGCUGAGUUGAAUCUUUUACCUCGGAGAAAUUAUGGAAGAGACGAACGUAUGAACUUGUUAGAACGGUGCAAGGGUGUAGAUGAUAAGAUUCAGCCGAGGAAUCCUGAGCUUAAACUUCACACAGAUCAAUGCAUUAGCUAUAUUGAUCCAGCGGAGCUGAAGCUAUCCCUGAGCAUUCAAGAGGACAAUAGGAAAGAGGGAGGUACUAAGAGGAUUUGGUUUGAUUUAGAAACUCAUUCCUGCUCGCAACACAUGAUUGAUUUAGAAGAACCGAUUGAAAGGACAUCAAAUGAGGGCUUGGAACAGUCACCUUCUUUCAGCAGUACUGCUCCAAUAACAAGCGCCAGGGGCACAGACAAUUCAGAAGUUUCUGUCCUCUUUGAUCUGAUCAUCUCGAGUAGUGUGAAGAAAAAUCUAUUCUUUCAUGCUGCUGAGAGUAACCCUCAUUUAGAUGGCGGCGAGUGGAAUCCUUUCAAUCAAGGAUUAGAAAAGCGUUCUGGUGGCAUUGCAAUUAACAAUUCAUCCACCAGGAGGCAGCAUUUCGGUUCAUAUGAAACAGGGCUACUGGACCUUAACAAAAUUCAGAAUGAUGAUUCAUCUUGUCUCUCAAAUGAUCAUACAGUAGCCCAUUUUUCAACAGCUAGCUCUUCACAUUUACGCGGAUUAGUUAGCAAGGUAGAGGAGGGCCCUCAUUGUUAUGAAACUGGGAAAAAACUAAAUAAUAAUGGCUCAACUGAAACUUCUGAAGGGUUUCAAAAAUACAAUGCUGGAAACUUCAAAGUUGAUGGAUCGAGCAUAAGUGGAAUGGGCAAUGUAAGCUUGGAGGCUGUGCCUAGAUCGAAGAUAGACCUCCAGGAAGCAGUUGGUUUCCACAGUAAUGACCCCAGUAAUGGAAACAAUGGGUUCAUCAUGAAGCUCCUAAACAGUCGAAGUAGUUCGUGCACUUCUGCUAGACAAGUAAAUUAUGAGAACAACAAAGUAGAAGACCCUGUAUUUUCAUAUACUGAUCAUUGUCGAAAAGUUGAUCCAGAUGGACAUGGCAAUAUAUCUUCUGCUUCAUGUAAACCAUGCUGCAUUGGCGAAGAUGAUUCCAGAAGUGUAAAGACUAUGCAGUCUGAAAUUGAAUAUGGAAACUCAAAUCCCUUUUCUGUUGAUCAGUUUUCAGGAACACAUGUAGAGUCUCAAGUUUCAGAAACCUUAAUGGGUGAGCAGGACCGAAGAUCUUCUGACAGCAGUGAAUUAAAACACAAAGACCUCAACAAGGGAGGGGAUUCAGCUGAACUGGAUGUUUUGAUCAGAGCAGCUGAAGCACUUGUCGGAAUCUCAUUGGAGAGUUCAUCAUGUUGUCGUGAUUGCACUUACGAAGUAGGAGGUGCAAAUAAGAUGGAAACGAAGGAGAGUGAACAACCGCAGUGUUCUUCUGAUUCUUAUGAGUUACUCACACUAAAUCUAAUAGAGAGCACUGAAGAUGACUAUUGCGUGUCAUUAAAGCCUUCUGAGGUGAAUUACGAUGACAGUAAGGAAUUUGGCAUUAAGUUGAGAAGGGGGAGGAGAAUGAAAGAUUUUCAGAGGGACAUUCUUCCUGGUCUGGCAUCUCUUUCCAGACACGAAAUUCGUGAAGAUAUUAACAUUAUGGAGACAGUUUUAAGAUCAAGAGAGUACAAAAAGCUAAGAGGCAAGGUGGCUGAUUAUCAGAGCUGGUGUACUCCUGUCAAAAACAAACGUUCACGACUCAGCUAUGUUCCGCGGAGGAAAAGAAAUUUAUGAGAAGCGUAAGUUGGGAAUGACAGAGAUUGUGGAAGUAUGAUAUCUAUUUGUACCAUUAGCUGCAUAUAAGCGUAUUCAGGCUUUAGAAUAAUUUAUUUACUUUCUGAUUCAUGUACUGAUCUUAUUAUUAGUAUUGGUAACAGGAUAAGUGUUCACGCAGAAAUUCAAAAAUAAUGAUUCAGAAUUUGUUGUCA